AUGUCCAUGACACUGUUUGCCCAGAAGCCACUUGAAAAGCUGCAAAUGAAGAAACGCCUCGUGAAGCUUGUUGUCAACUUUCUCUUCUAUUUCCGGACAGAUGAAGCGGAGCCCAUUGGAGCUCUGCUGCUGGAGCACUGCAGGAUCACCAAAGAGGAGGAGAACGUCUUCUCAAUCAGUUUCGUGGAGGAGCCGGAGAGGAAAUACUGCUUUGAAUGUGACAGUGAAGAGCAGUGUCAGGAGUGGAUCGAGGCACUCAAGAGAGCCAGCUAUGAGUUCAUGAGGAGGAGCUUGAUUUUCUACCGGAAUGAGAUCCAGAAAAUGACAGGGAAGGACCCCCUGGAGCAGUACGGGAUCUCCGAGGAAGCCCGCUUCCAGCUGGGAACGCGCAAGCAAUAA